ACUCUUAAAAAAAUAUUGUCAAAAAGUUUUAAAAAGCAAAAGACAAAAGGAACAAAAAACAGGCCUUGUGCAUCAGCGUUUCUGCAAGCAGUGGCAUGUCACCAUUGAUCAACAAAAACAUAGUAACCAAAAUAACUAAUCUUCAUCAUCUUCAACAACUCCAUGCACAACUCAUCCACCACUCUCUCCACUACCAAAACCAAUGGGUAACACUUCUCCUCACCCAAUGCACGCGCCUCCAUGCACCUUCAACCUACACCUCCCACAUUUUCCAUCUCACAACACACCCUGAUAUAAAUGUCUUCACCUGCAUGCUCAAAUACUAUUCCCAAAUUGGUAUUCAAAAUCAAACACAAUUACAAGUUUCUCUUUUUAAGCAUAUGCUACAAUACAAUGAUAUUAAGCCUGAUGCAUCAUUUUAUUCAUUUUUUAUUAAAUCUGUUGGAAAAGAAAGCAUUUUGUUUCUUGCCCAUGUGUUGAAAUCCGGAUAUGAUUGUGAUUAUUAUGUUAGGAAUGGGAUUUUGGGUGUUUGUGUUAAAUGUGGAUUUAUUGAGUUUGCGAGGAAACUGUUUGAUGAAAUGUCUGAUAGAACUGUUGCGGAUUGGAAUGUGAUGAUUUCUGGAUAUUGGAAGUGUGGGAAUGAAGUGGAAGCGAGUAAUGUUUUUCGUAUGAUGGGUGAGCGGGGAAUAAGUAGGAAUGUUAUUACUUGGACUGCGAUGAUUACUGGGUAUGCAAAGAAGGGGGAUUUGAAGAUUGCAAGGAAGUAUUUUGAUAAAAUGCCGGAAAGAAGUGUGGUAUCUUGGAAUGCAAUGUUAUCUGGGUAUGCUCAAGGGGGAGAACCACAUGAGGGUCUGAGAUUGUUUCAUGACAUGCUUAGCUUUGGAAAUGUCGAACCGGACCAAACAACGUGGGUAACUGUCUUAUCGUCUUGUUCAUCUAUUGGUGACCCUUGUCUUGCAGAGUUGAUUUUUGAAAAGCUAGAUGAAAGAGUGGGUUUCCGCUCGAAUUAUUUUGUCAAGACAGCUCUGCUUGAUAUGCAUGCGAAAUGUGGGAACCUUGAGGCAGCACACAAGAUUUUCGAGCAAUUGGGUGUGUAUAAGUAUAGGAGUUCUGUUCCGUGGAAUGCCAUGAUUAGUGCCUAUGCAAGAGUAGGGGAUUUAUCUUAUGCAAGACAACUCUUUGAUAAGAUGCCACAGCGAGAUACCGUCACAUGGAAUUCGAUGAUUGCUGGUUAUACUCAAAAUGGUGAGUCAUUCAUGGCGAUCAAGCUGUUCCAAGAAAUGAUCUCUAGUGAAGAUUCAAAGCCAGAUGAGGUGACUAUGGUGAGUGUUUUUUCUGCUUGUGGACACCUUGGAGAACUAGGUUUUGGUAAUUGGGCUCUGAGCAUCCUCAAAGAAAAUAACAUCCGCAUUAGCAUUUCAGGAUACAACGCUUUGAUUUACAUGUACUCAAGAUGUGGGAGCAUGCAAGAUGCUGCAUUAAUAUUUCAAGAAAUGGAAACAAGAGAUUUAGUUUCCUAUAACACACUGAUUUCCGGGUUUGCAGAGCAUGGGCAUGGAAUGGAAAGCAUCAAGCUACUCGAAAAUAUGAAAAAAGACGGUAUUGAACCGGACCGCAUAACAUAUAUUUCCGUACUAACUGCAUGCAGUCAUGCCGGAUUAUUGGAUGAAGGUCAAAAAGUUUUUGAAUCAAUCAAAUUUCCUGAUGUGGACCACUAUGCUUGUAUGAUUGAUAUGCUUGGUCGAGUUGGUAGAUUAGAAGAAGCUAUGAAAUUGAUUCAAAGCAUGCCAAUGGAACCACAUGCAGGAAUCUAUGGAUCUCUUUUAAAUGCUACUAGCAUUCAUAAACGAGUGGAACUCGGGGAGCUUGUUGCAGCUAAACUGUUCAAGGUUGAGCCACGUAAUUCUGGAAAUUACAUGUUGCUCGCUAACAUGUAUGCUUUGGCUGGUAGAUGGAAGGAUGUUGACAAAGUUAGGGAUACAAUGACAAAACAUGGAGUGAAGAAGACAACCGGCUGGAGCUGGUUGGAGCAUAACUCAUAAGUUUGUUGGUUGCCGGGAUGUGAGUGUGUGUUUGUAGAGACAGGUCAUAGCUCCAACAAAAUUACAGUUCACCGGUUCUCAUCUAUGCCGCUUAUAGUGUUAACCUUUAAGCCACGGAAUACACUUUGAAUAAACCCAAUUGAAAUAUUUAACGGAAGUUUUUGGAGGUGAGCCAACCAAAACAGUAUACUUUGUACUUUUUCUGUUAAAUGCAUGUUACUAUGCGUUGACACACAGAGAAGAACACAGGACAAAACAAUGAUUCCAAUUGUGAUGGAGAAGCAGGAAUAUGUUGGUUUAUAUUCAAUAAUCAAUAUCAUACUAUUACUCUGUCAACUUUCAAGUCAAUGGUUGAAUAAAUGAUUAUUCGAAUGUGAGUAGUGACUAGUGAGAGUAUGGAAAAAAGAAUGUCCCUGGAUCCUGAAGAAGAACUAGUUGCUAUUGGGCCUUCAACUCAAGAGACCCAGAAUAUUAAUAGCGACAAGUGAAUAUUGGAAAAUAUGUUUCCAAUCUUUCUAAGUCUCCUUCAUACUGUGACAAUAAGAGUGAUUAUUCGUCUAUGGUCGGUUGCCCUGCUUGUUUAAUGCCAUUGCUUUCACAUGCUUAUUUUUUAUGCGAGAAAUUGUGGUUGGUGUUUGCUGAUUGAAAGUUUGCUUGUAGUGGCAAACAUGUCGGAUUUCUUUUAUGCUUUACGACUGGAAUCCUGCAGAAUUUCCUAGAAGGCUGCGACUCCAAGUAUUUUAAAGCAUUUUUCUUCCAGUUUAGUAUUUUGACUGUGGCAAGAUUUUCAGCCAUCUACAGGUUAGUGACUGAUUAACAAGGAGUCAUAUGUUUUUGCAGAUAUUCCAAUGGUUGGCAAAUAUGCCUGUGGAACUGGAGUGAUGUAUCCGCCCUGUGUGUGCAGUCUUGACAAUUUUUAUUGCAGUGCCAAAUAUUAUGUGGAUAAAUGUAAGGGUUCGACUUGAUGUUCUUUAAAUUAUAGUUCUAGUACCGUAUCUUUAGUGGUCGUUAAGUAAAAUGAAUGCUUUCUUGUUACCGGUUAAUGCCCCGUAUUAGACUUGUUAUGCUCGUUCCCGUGGUUGCUAGUUUUGCAAUAUUGAGAUGUUUGAUUGUGCUCUAAUUAAUUGUGUGCUAGCAGUGGCACCACUCUAAUUCAUCUGAAUGGCAUGAUCUUCCAUGUCAUGAAAAUUUUGUUUCUGUUUCAUUUGUUACUUUUGGUUCACUCUUCCCCUAAACUAUUUGAGUUGUUUUUCUUGAAGGGUGGUAGAACCUGGUCCUUUAGUUAUGAUAACCUUUUUAGUGUGUUGAUCCUCCAUCUCAGAUAUAUGCAUUGUGUUACUGAUUCUUAUGAAACAAAUUGAACAAUUGAUUCUUUAAUUGUACAUGUUUAAUUAAUACAGGUCUUUGUUAUUUUGA